AUGGGGUUCGAAGGGGAACGGUCCACAGCGGCUGCCGUUGUCUGUGCAGGCGUUGCCAUCCCAGACGAGCCCCCAAAUUCUCUGGCCUGCCCGGCAAACAGCCACUACGAGCUGUGCACUAGAUCCUGUGAUUUCACCUGCGCUGGCUUGUUCUCCCCUGCCCAGUGCACUGCAAAAUGCUUUGAAGGCUGCCAGUGUGAAGCUGGCUACGCAUUCAAUGGGGAAACGUGCACGUCCAUGGAAGGAUGCGGCUGUGUGCGCGAUGGACGCUACAUCAAGGCCGGGGAGAGCAUCAUCUCCAGCGCUUGCUCCGAGAAGUGCACCUGCCAGGCCUCAGGCGGGCUCGUCUGCGAGCCACACAGCUGCCCCAACAAAGAGAUCUGUGCGCUCCAGGAUGGGGUGCGUGGCUGCGUGAAGCAGGAAGGCUGGUGCACGCUGCUCCCCGGAGCCCAGCUCACCUCCUUCGACGGCGCCUCUGGAGGAGAUCUCCACAGUGGAGCUUACGAGCUGGCCUCUCUCUGCAAUGACAGCGCCCCCUCCUGGUUCAGGGUGGUGGUGGACGUCAGGGCAUGCAGCGACGGGGCAGUGAUGGCUGGGACAACCGCCUACAUUUUCUUCCAAGAUGCUUUCAUAACUGUGAAAAGGAACAAGGAGACCUGGGUGAAUGGGCGCCCAGUGCCUCUCCCGGCAAAGAUCUCUGAUGCUGUCUCUGUGUACGAGUCUCAGGGUGGUGUGGCUGUGGUCCAGGCCUCGGGGAUGAUGGUUCUGUUCAGCCCCAGUGAGGAGGUGACAGUGAGGGUCAGCGAGAGCCUGGCUAACAAGCUGUGCGCACCUUGCGGGAACUUCAAUGGCGACGUCUCUGACGACUUGCGGCUGCCCAGUGGGGGGGUCGCAGGGAACAUCACUGAGGUCAUCAAUGCCUGGAAGGCCAGAGACUUCUCCGGGUGUGACGUCUAAACAAAAUCCUGGCUGCUGAAGCAUCUUCCCUCCCUGGAGUGGACCCUGCUGCCAUCUUAACUAGGAAUUGCUUAUAGUGCCAUAACUGUAGCCCUCAUGACUUUCUGUGUCCUCUACGGUAUUUAAUGAGAAAAAGACUUUGUUCUGAUUGUCAAAAAAAACAUAAAACCUGCAGAUACGAUUGUGAAGCAAUAAACACAUUUUUGCAAACUUC